UGUUCUUCUGGGCAGCCCUAGUCCAGUCCCUCCCCUGGCCGGCUGCUGACUGAACUGUUCUGCCCGUCUGUUGCAUUUCAUUCUCUUCUGCAAAGUCCUCAUCAUCUCCAAACAGGCAAACAUGAACCACAGGCUCCUCCUGACACCUCCAGCUCUGUCCGGAUGCUGCGAUUGCUGCUGAUGUUAUUGAGCCACAGACCACCUUGUCAAUGUGUGCCUGCAGGAGCCGGAGGUGCUGACAUGCCCCCGACAGUGGCAAAAAGGGGCUGAUUCCAGAGAAGCCUUCGGUGGGGGGCUGGGGGGACUAUCCUGGCAGACAAUGGACAGACUGCACCCCUCUAUGAGGAAGCGUCUGUACAGUCUCCCACAGCAUAUUGGAUCCAAAGCGUCUAUCAUGGAUGAAGAAGGUGAAGAGAGGGACACCUGGAGGAAAAGCAUUAAGCUCAAACCAUUGCCCUCACCCUCAGCACUUAAGGUCCUUGACCCACGACCUGGAGCAAAGGAGGCUCAUCUAGUUAUGGAAACUGAACUAGGCAAAUCCCAAAGAGCCAGCAGCAAUGGAGACUGCAGGAGAUUCACAGGUAGUCUCUCCUCCAUUGCCAGCUGUGGCCGGCACCUUCAUGAUUCAGACCCCAGCGAAGGACGAAGGCUUAUCUCAGAGGGGGACCUCAGCCCUACUGAUGAUAAGUCCCCUACAAUGGACGCUCCUGGAGAAGCAGGUGUAGGCCCUUCCCAAGCAGCUCCUCCAGGGUCCCAAUCUAGGAGCACUGACCAGCACAGCAGUCCUAUAAAGGUGGACGGCAGAGAGCAGACUUUACCUGGAGGGGACGAGGAGCAGAGUAGUUUCAUGCACAGACAGUUUGGGGCGCUUUUGCAGCCUGGGGUGAACAAAUUUUCCUUGAGGAUGUUUGGCAGUCAGAAGGCAGUAGAAAGGGAACAAGAUCGAGUAAAGUCUGCAGGAUUUUGGAUUAUUCACCCUUAUAGUGACUUCAGGUUUUACUGGGACCUUACAAUGUUAAUGUUGAUGGUGGGAAAUCUCAUUAUCAUUCCGGUGGGCAUCACUUUCUUUAAGGAGGAGAACACACCUGCUUGGAUUGUAUUUAAUGUUGUCUCGGACACUUUCUUCCUUGUGGAUCUGGUGCUGAACUUUCGCACAGGGAUUGUAGUAGAGGACAAUACAGAAAUUAUCCUAGAGCCACAACGUAUCAAGAUUCGUUACCUAAAAAGUUGGUUUCUUGUAGACUUUGUAUCCUCCAUUCCUGUGGACUACAUUUUUCUUAUUGUUGAAACACGAAUUGACUCAGAGGUUUAUAAGACUGCCAGAGCUUUACGAAUUGUACGCUUCACUAAAGUGCUCAGCUUGCUUCGACUCCUGAGACUUUCCAGGCUUAUCCGUUAUAUUCAUCAAUGGGAGGAAAUCUUUCACAUGACGUAUGACCUGGCAAGUGCUGUGGUACGCAUUGUAAAUCUAAUUGGUAUGAUGUUACUUCUGUGCCACUGGGAUGGCUGCUUACAGUUUUUGGUGCCCAUGUUGCAGGAUUUUCCUGAUAAAUGCUGGGUUUCUUUGAACCGUAUGCAGAAUGCCUCUUGGGGAAAGCAAUAUUCCUAUGCUCUUUUCAAAGCCAUGAGUCACAUGUUGUGCAUCGGGUAUGGGCAGCAGGCGCCAGUGGGCAUGUCAGAUGUCUGGCUUACUAUGCUGAGCAUGAUCGUUGGUGCCACUUGCUAUGCCAUGUUCAUUGGUCAUGCUACUGCACUUAUCCAGUCCCUAGAUUCGUCACGGCGCCAGUAUCAGGAAAAGUAUAAACAAGUGGAACAGUACAUGUCAUUUCACAAGCUCCCAGCUGAUAUGCGUCAGCGGAUCCACGACUACUACGAACAUCGUUACCAAGGGAAAAUGUUCGAUGAAGAAAGUAUUCUUGGCGAGUUAAGUGAACCUCUGAGGGAGGAGAUCAUUAAUUUUAACUGCCGUAAACUAGUGGCCACUAUGCCACUAUUUGCCAAUGCUGACCCUAAUUUUGUAACUUCAAUGCUCACAAAGCUACGAUUUGAAGUAUUUCAACCAGGUGAUUAUCUUAUUCGAGAGGGAACAGUUGGCAAAAAGAUGUUCUUUAUACAACAUGGUGUUGUCAGCAUUUUAAGCAAAGGCAGUAAGGAGACAAAACUCGCUGAUGGAUCUUACUUUGGCGAAAUCUGCCUACUGACACGAGGGAGGAGAACUGCAAGUGUGAGAGCUGACACAUACUGUCGAUUGUACUCAUUGAGCGUAGACCACUUUAAUGAAGUUCUGGAGGAGUAUCCAAUGAUGAGGCGAGCAUUUGAAAGUGUUGCACUAGACCGCUUGGAUCGAAUUGGUAAAAAGAAUUCUCUCCUCUUACAUAAGGUGCAGCAUGACCUUCGGUCAGGGGUGCUUAACUAUCAGGAAAAUGAGAUUAUUCAGCAGAUUGUGCAACAUGAUCGUGAAAUGGCCAAGGGACCUCGCUGCACAUAUUCUGAGGCAGACUCUGCCCCAACUCCUCCAACUCCUAUAAUAUGGACACCUUUGGUCCAGGCACCUUUGCAAGCAGCAGCUGCUACUACAUCAGUUGCUAUACCUUUAACUCACCAGCGGUUGCCAGCCAACAUCUUCCGACCUUCAACAUCUGUAUUAGGAGUAACAUCUCGGCAGUUCCAAUACUUGCAGAGACAACCUUUUUGUUCACACAUAGCAGGAGCAGAGGCUCCAUUGUCACAACAGUCAUCUUACCAUGUACAUCAACUAGCAGGAUUCUCUGCAGCAGCCUGUGUUAGUCCUAGGCCACUAUCUAAUGUACCAUGUUUUGACAAGGGUCAAACACAACCGCUGUUUCCUACCAGCUCAACUCCAGCUGCUGCUUUUGACACAUCACAGUGGUCUCCAGGACUAGGAACCUCUACUCAAUCAAGACUAUCAACAUCUGACCAGCAACUCCCCAUACCAUCUUCUAGACAAUCUCAAGGCUUGAAAACCCAGUCACCGGGACAGCCUUUACCUGGAACUUCAGAGCCAUCGUGGGUGUUACCACCUCCACUUCACAGCUUAGACUCUCCUGGUAGUUCACCCUCAGCGCUAAGUCAGGGACCAAACCGAACCACUCAGGUAUGUGGUUCUUCCAGGUCCCUUCUUCUUCCUCAAACAGCUCCCAUUGUGUCUCACCCAAGCAGCUGCAUAGCUCUGCCCCUUAACAGACUUAGGCAAGACGGUCGGCCCAUUUCUGUUUCUCAGCCUUCUUUGCCUCAACCAGCACCAGGCUCACCACACUUUCCCCAGCAGUUUACUCCGGACUUUACUUUAUUUCCUAGAGUAGGAAGUCAAGAACUAAAAGGCCACACCACUUUGCCACAAAAAGGUUCUUCAGAAUUUUCAUUUGGAGCAAGUGUUGCUGGUGUAGAGGACCUACCCUUUCAUUCAAAACUCCCUUGUAAUCUCUGACCUUUUAUAUUGCUAGAGAUCUGCAGAACAAUUUAUGUCCAACAAGAGACAUGUAGAUUUAUUUAUUGAGGUUGUAUACUGUAGAAAAAGGGUAGUUGGCAGGCUGAAUAUGUAUUUUGCCACCAAUUUUAAAUGACUUAGCAUUUGUACAGCACAUUUUAACAACAAUGGUGCAUUCAUUACAAAUGGUUCAGAUCAUUACACCACCUACAUGAUCUCAAGCCAUUAUAGGACUGAUUAGAUAACAGUCAUUCAUCAUGAGGUUGCAAAUUUAUAUUGCCUUGGUGUGGAAAAUUGCUAAUUGUAUGUAUUCAAGACAUUCUGCUGUAUGCUUCCCUAGCUGGCAUCAGUCUACAAAUUCCUCUAGUCUUAGACUCUUGACUUGGCAGAAAAAAUGAAAGAAGAGAAAAAUCUAAACUGCUUUGCAGAUCUUUUAGCAAUGAACAAGGAUUAAAGUUAUUGGAUGGUAUUAAAUAGCAUUAACAGUCCUUCAGAUGUAAAAGUCGAGUGUCCUCUUAUAAUGGUGGGAAUGACCUGCCCCUUGCAAUAAGGCACCUGCUUUAUCUGGAUACCAUUCUCAUCAGUAUUCUGCAUUGAUCAAAUAGUAUGUGCUAUAGACAGAUGCAUAUGGCUAGAGUCCCUUACUCUGUGUAACCUCUUGUCAUUGCCAGUGGCACAGACUACUCAUUUCUUAGAAAUAUCUUUGAGAGGUAUGGGUUCUUUAGUAUUCUUCACGAGUUUGAAAGCACAUUAUUCAUUGAACUACACCUUUCAUUGCACCUAGUGUGUGUGUGUGUUUUUGUGUGGUUAGCAAGAGGGACAUCAAGGCAAGUACUGUAGUGCUUGCCUGCAUAAGCAAUAUUAUGUAACAUUUUGUCCUUGUGCCUUCACUUCCCCAAUGGAGUCAAAAGAACAAGAAUGACUCUUGGGAGCCCCAUACUGUCCGCUUAGAAAAGGCAUCUGUGACAUGGGGCAUGCCAUAUCUGCAGCCUCAUGCCAAUUUCUAAAUCUGUGCUUUCCUUGUUGCAAUAAGGCACUGCCUUGGCAUGGGUUGUGCAGUCCAGACACUCAUAUUGGAGAGUGCCUUAUUGCUGCUGAAUUACAGAUCAGGGUUGUGAUAUCCAGCUAGCAUUUUGCUUUAUUACUGUGUGCACGAGCACUCUGUUCUUCACCGAAUAAUGUUCCUAAUCCAUGGAGCAGUAUGAAUGGACAAGAUUUGUGAAGCUGGAUCCAUUACUUUUUGUUACAUUAAAAGGAAUUGGGUAGAGUUCAGCUUUACUCACCAUUUCUCUGCCAGAGGUAUGUCGCACUUUCUGUAGCUGCAGCAAGCAGUUCACUAUGUUUGAAAUUUUAACCAGUAAAAUCAAAGAAGCCACUUUGGAUUCCAUGAUCUUCGCUAACUACUGUGGAACUGUUAAUGAAUUUCACGCAGGAUGAACUAUUGAGUCAUUUUAUUUAUCUUCAAUCUCUUCAACUUCCUUAUCCCAAUCUCCUGUCCCAUGUAAUUUCCUACUUUUGUCAUACAUAAUGUUACGUUUUUUUCCUUACUAAUUUCCUGCUUAUUUGACAAUAACCUUAUGUAAUCCUUUUACUAGGAAGUCAUUGUACCCAUCUUCUGUUGUGGUCAAAUGUGCCUUUCUUCCUAUUACAAACCUCUGUUAAUAUUUUACCUCCAGCUUUCCCUUCCCAGGUCCCUUCCUGCUCAUCAUUCUAAAAAAGAAAAACCUGCAGUACAAUGGAGCCAGCAUUUUCUUCUCUAUUAAUAUCGAGUAGCCAUUGGACUAAAUUUUGCAAUAUUAUCUUUGCUAAAUCAGGUAGAUAGAAGAGACAAUUUAGACAGAGGAAUAUGUGGGCUAUUCCUAAGUGUUUUCAUAAGAAAAUAAUAACAUUCUUUCAUAAACAUAUAAAAGACAUCUCUUCAACUCCUUGUUUCCAUGUGUGAUUAGAUGACUAAAAAAAAUCCUUGAAGACCAAUUAUUUGUGUACUCUUCUGUAAAAAAGAGUAAAAGAGUAAUAAACAGUUUAGAUUAAUACCAUACAGUCAUAGCAGCAGGUAGCUCUUUACAAAGAAACGGAAUUCUCUGUAAAUAUCACUACUCGUGUAUUUGCCAACAUACUCUUUGUUUUAAAGAGGUUUCUGCUUUGUUUUUUUAUAAGGAAAAAAAGUUAUUUAA